CAAUGUAAACAAUAUGGCGGCUUCAAUCAGGUGUCCGUGUCGAUGAUAUUUACUUUUUGCACGAAAGAGACAAUAAAGUAUCGGUUCAUGAUUCCAAUUUUAAGGACGUGAGUUGACAAUGGUUUUGUACCAGAAUAUCAACUUUGGGCAGAGGGUCGAGGUUAAGCUGGGUAACCUCGUGUUCCGUGGAGUGGUCAAGUACAAGGGGUCAGUGGUCAACAGACAGGGUGACUGGGUGGGCGUGGCACUGGAGAGGCCAGUGGGGGAAAAUGACGGUAUGAUUUUGGGGAGAAGAUAUUUCCAAUGCCCUCUAAAUCAUGGAACAUUCGUUAGAGCUGGCAACAUUCGAUUUAUUCCUAUGAUCAGAUGUUUAUACAACAGAUACCACAGAGUUUCUGAGAAAUCUUAUGUUGAGGAACCACUUUUCAGUUCAACGGUUCCAAAGUCUGAUCCAGCGGUCAUCUCAGGUCAGUACCAGGACAAGGCGAGAAACAGCUUCGCUUUUGACGAUUCUCUGUUCAGCGCAAAGCGGUUUCCAUUGCGGCAUUCGGUCGGAAAUCACAUACCUGCUGCAACAAUGAAGCGCGCCAAAACUGCAAUGGCGUCGUUUCGUUAUUUAAGUAGUCCAAUCCACAGUGAAUAUGACAUUCAGGAAGACUUUAUAGCCACGCCCACUAUCCCUAAGACACACAUGCCUUACUCCGCCCUCAAACGACAGGUGGGGCGGGGCUGGGAGGGCACCCACUACGUCCGCGAAAUGAGUGUGGGUACAGGAAGGGAUUCGAUUAAAUUUUCCACAUGGAACGACAUCUCACCUUGAGUCUAUCUCCAGCAGAACUCUUGGCAUUGUUACUGAGGCUUUCAGUCCUCAAAAUAGUUUAAACUGCUCAAACUACGUAUGCAAAUUAUUAACGACAGAUGAUACAAACAAAAAGAUGGAUGCCUGGACUGGUCAAUAUUUUUGGUUGUUAUUGUAAAUAAAUAUUAACGAAUCGUAUACUUCGUAUGAUGUUCAAAAUUCUACUUUUCUGCAACCAUCGUAAUUAACUUAUAAAACUUUUGUCACUUUAAAUAAAUGAGAUUGUGAAAUUUUGAAUGAAAAACUAAAAUUUAU